AUGGCAUCCUACACAUGCUCAGGUGUCCUUGGCCUCACCAUGCUGCUGGCUACAGCUCCCCUUGCGGUGGCACAUCAAUCCCAGCCAACAUGCCCAGCCAUGCCUGUUGCUUUCGGAAACACCACCAUUUCAACCCACACUACCAAUAACACAUUGAUCGUCGAGGCCGACGCACCCAACUCCAGCCCUAUCCCUACUGCCUCUCCUCGGCCAGAGCUGAGAAUCAUCGACGAGGAUCCCGUGUACAAAUAUGUGGGAUGCUGGUCUGAUGUUGCCCUUAUGAACCCCGACGUACAUUCUCUCGAUGGACCCUACCUGGUGAAAGCAGGCCUCAUGAAUGUCCACGUGUGCGUGGAUUUCUGCCGCAACUCUUACAAGAACAAGAACAAACAGAACCAGACUGGCUACCGCUACGCCGGCCUUGAGAUAGGAUCUCAGUGUUGGUGUGGUAAUAAUAUCUCGAAGCACAGCAACCACUUAACUGACGACGUCUGUGAUAUUCCCUGUGAUGGUGCCAACACGACUGCGUGUGGUGGACAUCUCGCCAUAACACUAUACAACAUGACGGAAAAGAAGACUCCUGGAGAUAACAAUGGAAUCGGCGGAAACGGAAGCAAUGCCGGAACUGGCAACCAGCAGCCAGAAGCACCCCAUGAUCAAGCGGCACUACAAGCCGUGGGGGUGGGCAUCCUCGUUCUGGCUGUGACUUUUGCCUUGGGCUGGGGUUGCUUGUAAGGAGCAAUAUAAAAUUGAAAAUCGACGAGUGAGGAUAUAUAUGUGUGGAUGAAUGAUUAAGUUUGAGAUCGGGU